UACAAAUCUAACUUUUAAUUGGUCGAAAUAAAACCUUUGCUUAUGUGGCGCGCCAAAUGAUCUCGAAAAAUGUCUAAUUUAUUUAUAUAUAUUAGAUUUGUAAAAGUAGUGGAUGAAUGCCUGAAGCAGUUUAUUAUAGAGGACAGGCCCAACAACAAUUGAACACUCAAGAAUCAAACUUUAGCACUAAAGGGCCUAACGGCUAGGAAGAGAAAAAAGAAAAGAAAAAAAAAAACAUAAAAGGGAUCGGCGCCCAACGCUGUAAUCAAAGUGUUUGAAAACAUUAAAGCAAACAACGGCAUUUUUCUCAGCCACACUCCUUCAACAGAUACUAACGAAACCCCAAUUUUCUCUUCUGAAAACAUCAGUGUGUUUGAAAAAUGGCGAGUAACAUAGGAAACAUGGAUUCGGCGUAUUUCGUAGGCAGAUCCGAAAUUCUCUCAUGGAUUAAUUCUACCCUUCAUCUCAAUCUCUCCAAAGUCGAAGAGGCGGCUUCCGGGGCAGUGCAGUGUCAAUUGAUGGACGCUGCGCAUCCGGGGAUUGUACCGAUGCAUAAGGUCAAUUUCGAGGCGAAAAAUGAGUACGACAUGAUUCAGAACUAUAAGGUUCUUCAAGAUGUCUUCAAUAAGCUCAAGAUUACUAAGCAUAUAGAAGUUAACAAACUCAUUAAAGGGAGGCCAUUGGAUAAUCUUGAGUUUAUGCAGUGGAUGAAGAAAUAUUUUGACUCUGUUAACGGUGGACUUUUCCACAGUUACAAUCCUGUGGAAAGGAGAGAAGGCAGGAAAAGUGGGAAAGAAGUGGUCAGGAAAUCAGCAAACCUUCAAGUUUCUGCGAAACUGAACACUUCUAGCAACAAAUCUCAUUCAUCUCACAGCAACAGGAGAGCUGAUAUGUGUUCUACUAACACUAAUAACCAGUCUCUUAGAGCUGCCAAACCCAGCUCUACUACUGCUGUAUCUGUGUAUGAAGAACAGAUUACAGAGCUGAAGUUAUCAGUUGACAGUCUUGAGAAAGAGCGCGAUUUUUAUUUCUCAAAGUUGAGAGACAUUGAAAUUUUAUGUCAAACACCAGAGAUCGAGAACUCACCUAUUGUGGCAGCAAUGCAGAAGAUAUUAUAUGCUACGGAUGAUGAAACAUCUGUGGUGGCUGAAGCACAAGCCAUAGUAUCACAGCACAUAAAGCAUUUAAGUCCGAUAGUUGAGGUCUCAGAAGAGAAUACAAUGGUUGAAAAUCAGAAGCGGAAAAGCAUUGAUAUCGAUACUCCUACAAACGGCAAACAGCCUCAGAGGCAAAGGCUUUCUGAUAUUUCUAACAUUCAGUGCAGCGGAUCGCCUCUUAUUAGCUUUUAGAGGAUCUGAUCUUAUUUCGUAUCUUUUGAACUUGACACUGUGUUGGUACCUGGACUGUUGAAAGCUCGAGCAGUCUAUACCUUGUGGUUUUGUUGUAUGUGUGUACUUGUGCAAUUACUCAUCUAUCAAAUGAUAUUAGCCAUCA